UCGCUCUCUGUCAAACUCGAGACGCUGAGGGGUUGUGCUGCUGUCUGGUUGACGGGGUCGCGCUCGGUCGCGCAUUCGCUUGCGGGAGGCGGUGUGUGUGGGGGGCGGGGAAUAAAAAAGAGGGUGCUUGUGUAUGGCGGAACUGUGUAUGCUGGAACUGGCGCUUGGUGAAGGGAGAGCAGGGCGUGUCCCGACUCGGCCUUUGUCGUGAAAAAGUGGGCGCCGGCGACAUGGCUGCGGAUGCGGAGGAUCUGGUCCCGCUCAUGUCCCAGUAUGGGCUGGCUGGCAGCGGUGAUGAGGAUCUUGACCAAGAGCAUGUCGAUGAUCACGCGUUCCUUCUCGACAGUCAAAAUUUCAGAGGCAACUCAGAGCAGGAGCUAGCCCUUCAACGCCAACUUGCGCCUCGACACGUCUGGAAGAACGCCAGCGAACUCUUCCCCGGGCUUCUUACCUACACCUUCCCUGUUUGCGUCUUUGACGAGUUUCGUAUCGGUCUCUCAUAUCUCCUUGUCGUCUACACUCGGAUCUCCUUGUCUCCAAUCACGCUCGGUGUGCUGGCCUCAAAACACGAUGGCUUGGUGCGUGACAUUGUCGAUACGUACUCCUUUGAUGCUCACUCAAACUCCUUCGAGGUCAAGAUCAUGUCCCACCGCUGCAUAAAUCCGCUUCGCGUGUCCAUGACUUUUCCUGUGGAUUCCCGCACCGGGUAA